AUGCGAGAUAUGGGAAGAGAAAUCAUUCGUGAGGAAUCACCAAGGAGGCCUGAGGAACGUAGUAGGUUGUGGUUUCACGAGGAUGUGGUUGACGUAUUAUCAAUACAAAAUGGAAAAGAAGGUGUUUUGGGACUGGCUUUAAAGCUUCCUAGAGCUAAUGCAAAAUGUUUUAGUACUAAAGCAUUUGAGAAGAUGGAGAGUCUCAGACUCCUUCAACAUGAUGAGGUAAAACUUGAUGGAGAUUUUGAAUAUGUUUCUAGAGAUCUGAGAUGGCUGUCAUGGAAUGGAUUAAGUCAAAUUCCUAUAAACUUCUAUCGAGAAAAUUUAGUUUCCAUUGAGUUAAAGAACAACAAUCUUGAACUUCUAGGGAAUAAGACUCUGGUAUGUGUUUUAAUUUUUGUUUUUCAUACUUCAUGA